GCGCCGGUGGCUGAGGCAAAGUCGGAACCGGAGGAAAAUGAUGAAUGGAGCGGCGGGACUCUCGCACGUUGACCGUCGCGAACGGGUUCUCAAGUUAGGAAAGAGUUUUGAGAAGCAUCCACGCUGCGCCUUCCACACUGUGCGCUAUGACUUUAAACCUGCUUCUAUUGACACUUCUUGUGAAGGAGAGCUUGAGAUCGGCAAAGGUGAACAGGUGACAAUAACUCUUCCAAAUAUAGAAGGUUCAACGUCGCCAGUAACUGUUUUCAAAGGUUCAAAGAAACCUUACUUAAAAGAAUGCAUUUUGAUUAUUAACCAUGAUACUGGUGAAUGUCAACUAGAAAAACUCAGCAGCAACAUCACUGUAAAAAGAACAAGAGUCGAAGGAAGCAGUAAAAUACAGUAUCAUAUAGAGCAACAGCAGCAACAAAUGUGGAAUUCAACUAGGACACCCAAUCUUGUAAAACAUUCUCCAUCCGAAGAUAAGAUGUCCCGAGCAUCUCCAAUGGAUGAUAUUGAAAGAGAACUGAAGGCAGAAGCUAGUCUAAUGGACCAGAUGAGUAGUUGUGAUAGUUCUUCAGAUUCCAAAAGUUCAUCAGCUUCAAGUAGUGAGGAUAGUUCUACUGACUCAGAAGAUGAAGAGUGCAGAUCCUCUCCUUCUGAUCCAGGGAAUUGUGUCUCAGGACAUCCUACCAUGUCCUCCAUGCCACAAUACAGGAUUCCUGAUACAGGUGUUGGUCAUUAUAGAUUUCAGGACAACAGUGGCCUUCUGAUGAAUACUUUAAGAAAUGAUUUGCAGCUGAGUGAAUCAGGAAGUGACAGUGAUGACUGAAGAAAUAUUUAGCUAUAAACAUAAAAUUUACAAGGCAUGUGUUAAUUUAUUUUGUAUUAAGAAUAAAAUUCCUAAGACUGAGGAAAAUGUGUCUUAACUUUUGAUGAUAAUAGAAAGUAUUUUUAUUCAUAAUUUUCAAUUGAUGAUAUAUUUCUGACCUUUUAUUACCAGCAUUUUCAUGUGUUAUCUUCAUUUAAUCAUAAAACCUUUAUGAAGUUUGAUAAAUGAAAAAACAGACUCAGAGGUUAGGUAACUUGCCCCAUGUAUUGCUAGUUAACAAAUGGCAGAUCAGGUGUUCUAGAGUCUAAGUUCAGUGCUCUGUUUUACCACACUGCUGUAUCCAGUUGUGAAAUGUCAAAACUAUUGAUUUAUAAUAAAUGUCCAUGGUUUUAAUUAUA